AUGGAGUCGAUUCUACCACCCGAAAACAGACCUAACCUUGAUGUUCCAGCCGAAAUGGAAACUACUUCUCAACAACAACAAAUAGCAUACAAAGAAAGUGAAGAAUUUUCAGCAACAAAAAUAGCUAAUGCCUGGCGGAAUCACCGUAAAACACGAGAGGAAGAAGGUAAGAUCUUGUCUGCCAACUCGAGAGACAAUAUUCUCAAAAGCGGUACGUCGUGCCUUCAUUUACCUGGCCAGACUUGUCCUGUGUGGUCCCAAUGGGAGGAACUACUCAACGCCGUAGAAGCACAUUUACGUCGUAAAGAAAUACUUCAGGAACCCCCUAGUUCCAACCAAAAAUUCGAACUCGCCAUGACCGUGGUAGAACGCAUUGCAAAAGGGUCUAGUUCUGUCAAGAAUCAUCUUUGGCUCAUUCUGGACACAGAACAUUGGUUAGAAAUAUGUGAUGAAGAGCAUCGAUAUGGAUCAAAUCUAAAGGUUUAUCAUGACUAUUGGCUCAAAACGUCAACUCCAGAAAAUUUUUUUGAAUGGUUAGAUAAAGGUGAAGGCAAACACCUGAAUUUGGAAGCUAGACCACGUGAAUUAUUGGAUCAUCAAAAAGUAAGAUAUCUCACAAGAAAGGAACGUAGAGAAUUUGAAGUGACAUUUAGGGAUGGGAUGCUCAUCUACGAAAAAAGCGGAAAACCGGUGCACACUAAUCCAACGGACCAAUUGCCAAGUGACCCUGAUUCAGCUAAUCCAAAUAUAGCAGUUGGUACACGAUCAUUGUCUAUACCCAAUCCAACUCGUACACCGUCUCCUGCACCUAGCUCUCAGGGAAGCUUGAACCUUGAAAUAGAAGAUCCUGAAGAACAGAUUACUCCACAUACACGACAAGGAAGUACUGGAAGUACUGGGAUGAAACAUGAGAAAUGGAUUUAUGUCACGGAUUGUGAUGGGAAUUUCUAUGUAGGACAAAAGAUCAAGGGUCAUUUUCAUCAUUCUUCGUUUCUUGCUGGAGGUGCUAUUUGCGCUGCUGGAGGGAUUAAAGUCCGAGAAGGUAAACUUCUUGAAAUUAACCCAAACAGUGGACAUUACAAGCCAGCGCAACAUCAUUUCAAAGCGCUUAUCGAACGAUUAAUCAAUGAAGGGAUUUAUAUUGACGAUGCAAAAGUGACCUAUCCGAAUGACAUUCUAGAGAAGCGAAUAAUGGCCAAAUAUAAAUUUAAACGUUUGGCACUUUUAAGCAUGGUUUAUGAUGAGUUUAUGCGAGAUGCAGGUAAGGCAAUUAACCAACAACUCGAUACUAUGGAUCGUCACGUUACCAGAGUAUCAACUCACCUCAAAAGAAAUAUGUCGGAAGCGGUUAAAGCUGGCAAGGAAUCGAUCAAAGAGUGGUUACAACAAGUUAUGCCUGUUGAAACCAAUAAGAAAGAAGAUCGUAUAUCCGAUAAUGACCUUCUCGUACAUUAA